GCUUCAGCCAAUAUGGCGACUGAAGUUUUCGCAUUUCCCUCCGCAUGAAAAGACCUUUCUUCUCUUGUGUUUACAAGUCACAGUGAUUUUAUUGUGAAUUUCUCAACACUUACGUUUUCUCUGAAGUGCGAUACCUUAUAAUUUUAUAUCAAAGACUAAUUUUUAAUUACCUGACGAAACAUCAUCCAUUUUUAUUGUAGUGUUGUAAUCCAUCGGAACUUAUCCGGUAUUUUUGAGUGCGUGCAAGGUAUCUUUUGUCAAAAUGGUUAAAACGGGGUCUGAAAACCGGUCAGACGACGGUUCCGAUGGUGAAGAAUUGUCGAACGAAUCAUCCUCUAUGGAAGCUCCGCCCGCUCCGAAAAGUCUUAAAGCAGAAUUCGAUAAACCUGGAGUUGACCAGAGUAAGCGCUUUGAAUUCUUACUAAAACAGACCGAAAUUUUCUCUCACUUCAUGACGAACAGCAACAAGGAUAAAACUUCCCCAACAACCACUGGAAAACCCAAAGGUAGGCCUCGGAAAGAACAACCCAAAUCCUCCGAUUCACCCUCUAAAGAUUCUGCUGAUCAUCGUCACCGGAAAACAGAGCAAGAGGAAGAUGAAGAACUACUGGCUGAGAGUAACGCAGCCACAAAGACCAUAACCAUGUUUGACUCCUCACCAUUCUACAUUAAAAAUGGUGAAUUACGAGAUUACCAAGUUCGUGGUCUAAACUGGAUGAUUUCUCUCUUUGAAAAUGGCAUUAACGGUAUUCUUGCCGAUGAGAUGGGUCUAGGUAAAACCCUUCAAACCAUCUCGCUACUUGGUUACAUGAAGAACUUCCGCAACAUCUCUGGCCCUCAUAUGGUCAUUGUCCCUAAGUCAACCUUGAUGAACUGGAUGAAUGAAUUCAAAAAGUGGUGUCCCUCGCUGAAAGCAGUUUGUUUAAUUGGAGACCAAGAAGCUCGUAAUAAUUUCAUCAGAGACGUUUUAAUGCCUGGAGACUGGGACGUUUGUGUAACUUCUUAUGAAAUGAUCAUUCGGGAGAAAAGCACCUUGAAGAAAUUUAAUUGGCGUUACAUGGUCAUUGACGAAGCUCACCGUAUUAAAAACGAGAAAUCCAAGUUAUCAGAAAUUGUUCGAGAAUUCAAGACAACCAACAGAUUGCUGCUAACUGGAACUCCAUUACAAAACAACCUUCAUGAGUUAUGGUCUCUGUUGAAUUUCUUGCUACCUGAUGUCUUUAAUUCAUCAGAUGAUUUUGAUGCAUGGUUCAAUACGAAUACUUGUCUUGGUGACAAUGCACUUGUUGAAAGAUUGCAUGCAGUUUUAAGACCUUUCUUGUUGCGUCGUCUCAAGUCUGAAGUGGAAAAGCGAUUGAAACCCAAAAAAGAAUUAAAGGUGUAUGUUGGCUUAAGUAAAAUGCAAAGAGAGUGGUAUACUAAAGUCCUGAUGAAAGAUAUUGACAUUGUGAAUGGUGCUGGAAAAAUUGAGAAAAUGCGGCUUCAAAACAUCCUGAUGCAACUGCGAAAGUGCUGUAACCACCCGUAUCUUUUUGAUGGCGCUGAACCUGGUCCACCAUAUACAACAGAUGAGCACUUGGUAUUUAACUGUGGCAAAAUGGUCAUUCUUGAUAAGCUGCUGCCGAAAUUACAAGAACAAGACUCAAGGGUGCUAAUUUUUAGUCAAAUGACGCGUAUGAUUGACAUCCUUGAAGAUUUCUGCCACUGGCGUGGAUACAAGUAUUGCAGGUUAGAUGGUCAAACUCCCCAUGAAGAUCGACAGCGGCAGAUCAAUGAAUUUAAUGCCCCAAACAGCGACAAAUUCAUUUUCAUGUUGUCAACUCGCGCUGGUGGUCUUGGUAUCAACUUGGCAACUGCAGAUGUAGUUAUCAUUUAUGAUUCUGACUGGAAUCCUCAAAUGGACUUGCAGGCCAUGGACCGAGCUCAUCGUAUAGGUCAGAAAAAACAAGUGCGAGUUUUCCGACUAAUCACCGAAAAUACUGUUGAGGAAAAAAUUGUUGAAAGAGCAGAAGUCAAAUUACGUCUGGACAAGCUGGUCAUUCAACAAGGUCGCUUAGUCGACAACAAGGCUGCUCUCCAAAAAGACGAAAUGCUCAACAUGAUUCGGCAUGGUGCCAAUCAUGUCUUUGCUUCAAAAGACUCAGAAAUUACAGAUGAAGAUAUUGAUACAAUUCUUGAGAAAGGUGAGGCUAAGACUGAAGAGAUGAAGCAGAAGCUAGAAACGCUCGGGGAAUCCUCUCUUCGAAAUUUCACCCUCGAUGCUCCCACUGAAUCUGUUUAUCAGUUUGAAGGGGAAGACUACCGUGAAAAGCAAAAACUCACUGGGAUUGGAAAUUGGAUUGAGCCUCCUAAGAGAGAGAGGAAAGCAAACUAUGCUGUCGAUGCAUAUUUCCGUGAAGCGCUCCGAGUUUCAGAACCGAAAGCACCAAAAGCUCCAAGACCUCCAAAACAACCAAUUGUCCAAGAUUUCCAGUUCUUUCCAAUGCGUCUAUUUGAGCUGUUAGAUCAAGAAAUCUACUAUUUCCGCAAGUCAGUGGGCUACCGGGUACCCAAGAACCCAGAGUUGGGUGUAGAUGCAAACAAAAUACAGAAAGAAGAGCAGAAGAAGAUUGACGAGGCACAACCACUGACUGAAGAAGAACUGUUGGAAAAAGAAGAUCUUCUGACGCAAGGAUUUACCAACUGGACGAAGCGUGAUUUCAACCAAUUUAUAAAAGCUAAUGAAAAAUUCGGUAGAGACGAUAUUCACAACAUUUGCAAGGAAGUCGAAGGCAAAACCCCCGAAGAAGUUAUAGAGUAUAGCAGUGUAUUUUGGGAACGCUGUCAGGAAUUACAAGAUAUUGAACGAAUAAUGGCUCAAAUAGAACGUGGUGAAGCAAAAAUCCAACGCCGUGCCAGUAUAAAGCGAGCCUUAGAUGCUAAAAUGGAGAGGUAUCAAGCGCCAUUCCACCAGCUGAGAAUAUCCUACGGCACAAACAAAGGCAAAAACUACACCGAAGAAGAAGAUCGGUUUUUGGUUUGUAUGUUGCAUCGACUUGGAUUCGACAAGGAGAAUGUGUAUGAAGAACUCCGAUCUGCAACAAGGUUUGCCCCUCAGUUCCGCUUUGACUGGUUCAUCAAGAGCAGAACUGCGAUGGAAUUGCAGCGACGAUGUAACACAUUAAUCACACUCAUUGAGCGAGAAAAUCAAGAACUAGAGGAGAAAGAGAAAGCAGCUGACAAAACAAAGAACAAGCGAGGGCCUCGUGCUGGCCAAGGCAAACGGAAAAGCGAAGCUAACGCUGUGGCCGAUUCGAAACCAACCUCAGCUAAAAAGAAGAAAAAGAACUAAAAAUCCUCGAGUCAGGUGUUUCUUCUCAAUUUCUCGGUGUACAGUCCUGAACUUGAAAAUUUUGAGCUGUUUUAAUUUUGUCCAGACAGAAAUUUCAGUUUGUAUAAAGCACACUAUUUGCUUUAAAUAAGAAUCCUCCUCCUUUCAUCUUAAUUUCUGAUAAACUUAUGAAUUUGUAAAUAGUCAUUUGAUAUCUCUAAAGAAACAACUAAGUAAAGUGAGGAUAAUAUUCUCAGCUGCAUAUUUCAUGUGAGAAAAAGGGCAUAACUGAGAAUAUAUCUGAUAGACUCAUCUUGGCAUCAAUGGUAUGCCCUCCUUACAUUGAUGAAUCAGUUUCUAUCAAGGUGGCCAAUCAAAAUGAUUCGGUCUCUUUUUCCUGUACCUGUGAUUACUUAGAAUGUAGGUAUUUUAAGCUUUAUGUCAAUCUGUAUUAUUUAGCCUUGAGAUGCGUCGUCCUAAAAGGGUUGAAAUAUGCUGUUGUUUGUUUUUUUCAAUUGAAAUUCUUCAUGUGUGCAAAAUAUUUUAUUAUGUGUACAAAGUUUUUCAUAAAAAGCCUCACAGUAUUUUAGUAAGAAUUUGAAAUAAAACAGCUCAGAAUUAAUUCGUUAAUCAUUCCUUUCAAUGACAAAUUUCUUUUGGCUGAUAUUUUUACUUUUAUUUAAUCUGAUCUUGCGUCAGUAACGACCCUCGUAAAUUUUCAAUCUUUCAAGACUUUUCCUGUAACAUCGUCUAUGCUUUCAUUCACCUGUUCUCUGUAAGUAGAUGAUACUUGAGGGGCUUGAAGGACAAGUGGGCUAAGUGCAGUUUUUGGGGAAAAAAUUGAGAUAUCAAUUACCUAUUUCAAUUUAAACUAGUCUUAAAUUAGGCUCUAAGAAAGUUUCAGCACUUGAAUCAAAUUUUUAAGCAUCGAAACGUGAGUUUAAACUUUCUUACCGCUAAAAGGAUCUAUGUAAUUCUGAAACUUAUUACACGUAUGUAUUUCUUGAAAUAUCUAAAACUGCACUUUUUCCACUUGUCCUCCAAGCCCCAAGAGCAUGUUCAUGCUCCCAAAGCUCUCUUUUAUUGCUUUAAAAAUGAAAUUUCAAAAACUAUCUGUUCCGUCUUUUCAAUUCUUUGGAUUCGCCGAAGAACUGCCCCUCUUCUCUUGGCAUCGAUCAAGAACUCACAAGCCCCUUACAAUUGUCUCAACAUCCUUCUCUUUGUUUUUCAUUAGAUGAUUCUGUACAUAGUGUGUCAAUCUGGUUUUUAAUUUAUUAACAGCAUAUUUUUAUGUUUGCCAAAGGUCCUGUACCUUCUCCUUGAUUGUAUACUCAUUUUUUUUUCUUUUUUUUUUCCUAUUUUAAACUCAGUGGAUUUAUCUUUAUAUUCUGAAUAAAAUGUCAAUACGCA